AUGUCCGAAGAGGACAGGUAUUUGGAAAUGUCUGCAAUUGUCUCAUCGGUGGUCUUGUUAUCAAUUUUAAUGAUCGCUUCAGUUAACCAUAUCUUUCGAGUACUCCAUACCAAUAAAUUUGAUGACCACUUCAUCUCCGGAUCCUUAUCUUAUCGUCAAAACGUGUCAAGUUGUUCUUCGAUGACAAUCGACGCCAAAGAGAUUGCAUUGAAUAUCAAACAAAGAAAUUACAAUUUGAAAAUACGAUUCAUUCAAACAGGGCUUAAGAAAUUCUUGUCCAUAUGUGGGGAUCCAUUUGGUGGCAAUCCAUUUGUCGCCGACCAGUACUGGACACCCGCUAUGAAGUGUCAACGGAUCGGUGUCUCCCGAGUCGUACAGAUUAUGCCAGAAGAGUGCCGCAGACUUCUCGGGAAAUACGGUUACAUUCAAGAGGGGGAAGACAGUGGCGCCGCCGGCCUCCACAUCGGCCAAGUAGUUAAUCCACGUCGCGAUCACUUGGGGUCCGUUAGUCUCCCGAUACGCGUUAGACGAGUCGUAAUGAUAGUCAUAAUAACCGCCGACAUUGUAUUUGAUAACAUUAUACGCUUCGGCAUAACUCGUGUUAAGGCCAGUGAUGGCACCGAUACGUCGGCUUACAGUUUGCAACACCGGGUUUUCUCCGCCACACAACUGAUCCUCGGCUUCAGAUAUGAUCCAUUGAAAUUCUCAAAUAUCUUUGGGCUUCACUUGAAUUUCCCAUUUCUUGUUCACAAGAGGAUAGUGAUCGCUUCGGUUAACCAUAUCUUCGCCUCCGAUGAGGCCUCAAACGCUUCAAACAUACGAUUCAUUCAAACAGGGUUUAAGAAACUCUUGUCCAUAAGUACGGAUCCAUUUGGUGGCAAUCCAUUUGUCGCCGACCAGUACUGGACACCCGCUAUGAAGUGUCAACGGAUCGGUGUCUCCCGAGUCGUACAGAUUAUGCCAGAAAAGUGCCGCAAACUUCUCGAGCAAAACGGUUACAUUCAAGAGGGGGAAGACAGUGGCGCCGCCGGCCUCCACGUCGGCCAAGUAGUUAAUCCAAGUGCCGAUCCGUUGGGAUCCGUUACUCUCCCGAUAGGCGUUGGACGAUUCGUAAUGAUAGUCAUAAUAACCGCCGACACUGUAUUUGAUAGCAUUGUAUGCCUCGGCAUAAGUGGUGUUGAGGCCAGUGAUGGCACCGAUACGUCGGCUUACAGUUUGCAACACCGGGUGAUAGUUAUCGUACAACCAAUUGCCGUUCGCCACCCGUAUAUUGAAUCCCUCUUCAUCUGA